CGAGGCCAGCGGUUACCACGGAGCUGGGCCUGCACGGAAGGAAGGAAGCGCCAGGCUAGGCCCCGCUGGAGGCGCGCCCACCCGCGCGGCCCAGCUCCCCAGGGCCAUUGUGUGUGCGCGGCCCGCCGCCCGCAGGCCCGGCGGCCCCGCCGCGGAGACAAGACACGCCUCGACAGGCGGCUCCCGGCCUCCCCUGGCCCGCCGCCAGCAGCGCCUCCUCCGCGUGGCCUCGGCCGCCCCGCCGGCCCAGCUCGCCCAGAGCCCCGGAGCGCGACCUCGGCAUCGGUGGCGGCGGCGGCGAUGGGACCGAUGUGGCGCAUGCGUGGUGGCGCCGGCCGGCGCGGGGGCCGGAGCAGCGGGGGCCGCGGCGGGGCCGGCGGCGGGCAGGGCCGCCCGGGCCGGGGUCGCGGUGGCGGUGGCGGCGGCGGCGGGGGCUGGCGAGGCCGUGCGGACGGCGCCCGGCCGCAGCUGGAGGAGCGCUUCGCCGACCUGGCGGCGAGCCACCUGGAGGCCCUGCGCGCGCGGGACGAGCGGGACCGGCAGAACGCGCGGCUGCGGGAGGAGAACGCCCGGCUGCGGCUGGAGAACCGGCGGCUCAAGCGCGAGAACCGCAGCCUCUUCCGCCAGGCCCUGCGGCUCCCCGGCGAGGAAGGCGACGGAGGAGCGCCCGAGGCGGCGGCGGCGGCGGCGGCGGCGGCGGCGGCGAGGGCCAGCCCAGGCCCCGAGGAGGCCGCCGCCGGCGCGGACCGGACGGCGAGAGGCGGCAGCCCCGAUCGGGAGCCCGGCAGCCCCCGGGCGCUGAGGGCCCGCCUCGAGAAGCUGGAGGCCAUGUACCGCCGCGCGCUGCUGCAGCUGCACCUGGAGCAGCGGACGCCGCGCCCGCCCGCCGACAAGGAGGAGGCGUCCCCGCGAGAGCCCGAGCCUGGCCUUCCCGCCCCGGACCCGGAGCCCGCGGAACCCGGGCCUUAGCUGGAGGCCGCUGCCGGGAGGGGCGGGGCCUCGCUCGGCCCCUCCUCCUCGACUCAUGGCCCCGCCCACCUCUUCACGCCACGCCCCGCGUACGUACUGGGCCGGCACUUCCGGGACCUGCGCAGAGGCGCUGAGCAGUGGGGCCUUGGGAAGCUGAGAAGCACGUGGGCCUGGGGAAUCCCCAAGAGCGUGGAGCACCUGCCUCUUGCACCAGCUGGUUUCCAAAUGGAGAGAGGCCUAGUGACUGAGAGGCACGAAGAUGUAUCUAGCAACAUCUCCUGAUGCCUGAACUUUUGUGGGUUUGUGAGGACCUGUUGUCAUUUCCUCCUCUAUUUGGGUUCUUUGAGGGAUGAAUAAUGCUUUUUUUUUUUUUUUUUUUUUUUUUUUUUGAGAUGGUUCUGUUUCUUUGUACAUUCUUCAAUCCCCUACUAAUGGCCUCCAGCCAUUAACUUUAAUGUGGCCAGCAUUCUGUUGUUUCUAUAAAUUGGUAUUACUUGGAUUUCUGAUAAAGCACACCCUUUUUAUUAAAAAGGCGUUAUUUAUAACGUAGGGACUCAGUCUGCUCUUGGCUCCCGUUCUUAUAUAUUUCUAAUAUAUAUCAAUUUGUUAACCCUAAGAAUUUUUAAUGUAUCUACUACUUACAAGUGGCUUUUUUGAAUUGGUAAAUAAACCUGGUGCAUUAAAAAUAACCUAAAAGCA